AUGGCUGAUAAGGUUGAGGGGAAGCUGUGUGAUUACGGUUCCUCCAUGGAUGAGUCAGGCGACGAGGUUCGUAGGAUUUUUGAGUCACAGGCACGUGAUCCGAAGGAGACCACAUCAUCAAGCUCGUCGCCCACUUCUAGUGGUGUUCAAAGUGAUGAAAAAGAUACCUCCCCAAAGGUAGAUUCCAAAAUGCCUCGGCAGUAUUGUGAAGACAUUCAUGAUUUUUCAUGUGGAGGCUCCUCUUCGAGACGCUCAAAGCAUGGGCGAAGCAGUCGGCGUGAUCGCCGCUCCCGAAGUCGUAGUUGUGAACGCAGUCGUAGGUCGUACCGAAGACGGGAUCGUAGUCGUGAGCAUCGGGGUGAUCACGACCAUCAUUCUCAUCGGAGGCGUCGCAAUUAUGGUCGCGAAGUCAUCCGUCGAAGACGAAGAGAGGACAAAAGGCGUAGGUCUUCAUCGUCAUCCUCCCCAUCCGAUGGCAGGCGAGCUCGUCACUCAUCAAGACACGGAAGAGAACGAGAGACGGCUUUCUCUCGAAAAAUUAUUGGUUCGCGAUCUGAGCUCGCAAAAGUUCAGGAAGCUGUUAGGCCGGUUGAUCCUAUAGCAGCAAAACUAGAAGCUGUGAACAAAGCAUCUGCGAUCAUGGCGUCCGCAGUGAAACCGAGUGAAAGUACACCUCAGGAGGUUCUCGCACGCAUACAGGCGACGCAAAUGACGCAGGUUCGUGCAAAGGCAGAGGCCGCGGCAGCUGCUGCAAACUUACCGAGCUUCUAUAAUCCAAUGUCAGUGAAUGCUGCCAAACUCGCCGAACAGCAGCAGAAACGGAAACUUCUCUGGUCCAGGAAAUCCGAUCCGGUGGCUGAGGCAAAAGAGGAGGCUAAGUCAACGAUGUGGAAGAAGACCUCGAUGGUUGCGGGAAAAGGCGAUUCCGCUGCUGCCGCGAAAUUUCGCAAACUCAUGGGGAUCCACGAUGACAAUAGUAACGGUGCAGAGGGUGCACCUUUGGACGAGGCCUUGAACCAAGCUCGAGAACAAGCGGACCUUUUCAGGAAUCUGGAGCAUGAGUUCGAGACGUCACGCACUCUGACGCACACACAGCGAGGCGUUGGCUUGGGAUACUCCUCGGCGAUGACCGACUAUAGGACGUAUGCCGCCAUGAAACAGACUGGUGGCGGCGCGCAACAGGAGGGGAAAUGA